AUUUGAAAAAAAAAAAUAGAGUUUCUAAGACUGGGGAAUAAUCCAGCCCCAUGACAAUUACCCAAAAAAGAUUCAUGCUUGUGUCUCAAUCCCAACUCUUCUUUUUCCCCUUUUUUUCUGCUUUCCAAACUUUCCGUACCUCGUCAAAGGUGACGAAAGAAGCGGAGAAAACCCCAUCCGCAAAGCGAAGUCCACUACUGUACACUAUAAACCACUUCCAUUAAGCAUACACUCUAUACGUACGUAAAUAGUAUUACUGUUAGAAAGUUCUCUACUUGGUUAGCCUUGAUAAAAGGCAAUGUGAGAGGUUGACUUGCUUGACUUCGAACCCUAGAGAAAGUGGAUGAAAAGGGUUAUGCUUCCGGUUAUGAUCGGGUGAACUACAGGGCUUUGAGGGUUUGAUUUGAUGAGUUCUUCCUAUUUGAAUAAGGAAUAAAAAAUGAGUAACUAUAGUACACUGGAGCAUGUUCUCAAGGAAAUACUUCAAGUAGUCAAACCCCUGCAGGAGGAUUUGCAGACACGGACUCGAGUUAUUGAUGAACUACGAAGAGUCAUCAGAUCUGUGGAAAGUUUGAGAGGUGCACAAGUGGAGCCAUUUGGUUCAUUUGCGUCUGAUCUGUUCACAAGAUGGGCUGAUUUGGAUAUAUCUAUUGACUUACUCAACAGUUCAUGCAUUUCAUCUGCUGGAAAAAGGCGUAAACAACGAUUACUAGCAGAAAUACAAAAGGCUUUGAUACAUAUGGGUGGAUGGCGCAGGUUGCAAUAUAUCCCCAAUGCAAGAGUUCCAAUUCUAAAAUUUGAGAGUAGCCUCCAGGGGAUCUCUUGUGAUGUAUCAAUUGAUAACCUGCAGGGCCAAAUUAAAUCCAAAAUCUUGCUUUGGAUCAGUGCGAUAGAUACACGCUUUCGCGAUAUGGUUUUACUGGUCAAGGAGUGGGCAAAAGCACAUGAUAUAAAUAAUCCAAAAACUGGGACUUUCAACUCAUACUCUCUCAGUUUGCUUGUGAUCUUCCAUUUUCAGACAUGCGUGCCUGCAAUUUUACCACCUCUUAGUGACAUAUACGCGGGAAAUAUUGCUGGUGAUCUUCAAGAUUCGUGGGACCUUUCUUUCAACAUGCUUCAUGCAGGUGCAAGAACUAGUGCAGAGAGACGUAUCGCAGAAACAUGUGCUGCGAACAUAACAAGAUUUAGGCAACAGAAAUUCAGACCAGUCAAUCAGAGUUCUUUGUCUGAGCUUUUCAUUUCAUUCCUUGCAAAGUUUUCUAACAUAAGUUUGAGAGCUUCAGAGCUAGGCAUUUUUACCUAUACGGGACAAUGGGAGUACAUAAGGAUGAGAUUGCUGCCCAAAACUUAUGCAUUAUUUAUUGAGGAUCCUUUUGAGCAGCCAGAAAAUUCCGCUAGGGCUGUUAGCAUGAGUAAUUUGACAAAGAUAUCUGAAGCAUUCCAGAUGACCCACCAUAAGCUUAUUUCAGCCAAUCAGAAUCAGGGUGCUCUCCUUGCCGCGCUAGUCCGACAACAAGUAUUACGAUAUAUUCCCAGAGCACCAGCUUGGACCCCAACUGACAAUGGUAGGCACUACCACCGCUACCAGCACCACCCAACUCGUCCGCAGGUGCAGAGGACUCUACUCUCAACAACUUCACGGCAAUUUGGGAACUUGAGGUUGGACAGCCAGUCCAGCAGUUCAACUCUGCAAAAUCACAAUCAAGGCCAGCACAUGUGGAGAGCGAGAUCGGAUCGAUAGGUGUCAUCAGUUUUCGCUUAACCAAACAGCUUCUCACUGCAUAAGUUUGUUGUUUCUUGUGAAAAGUUAUAUUAAUCUCCAAGUUGCUUUACUGCAUACAAUUGUUGGACAUUAUUUGCUGGCCUCCUGCCAAAUCAAUCGAGAAGCAGAUUCUCUUAUGAUUUA